AUGAAGCUCCUCGGCGCAGUGUUUGUGGUGUUCCUGCUCUUCUCCGUGGCCACCCCAGGCUAUGGGCAACCAAAGAACAUCUGCAAAGGGUACUGCUCUAAGACAUGCACCCUCACGGACCAAUGGACUUUCCACGCAGCCUGUGGGAAGAGGUUCUGCUGCCAGCCCCUACGAAGGAAAGGGAAAUGA